GGGACGAGCGCGGCUCGCCUCGGCGCCCAGGCAGCUCCACAUUGUUGCGGAUCGCCUGCACCCGGCGGAGCGGCGGCAGCCAGCGGGGACGCGCGGCGCACCCGGCGGCUCCUCCAGGCGCCCGGACGCACAGCCCGAGCCGCGCCCGCAGCCGCCACCGAGCCGCACCGCCCGGGCCCCGACCCUCCGCGCCGCCCGGGCUCGUCCCGCCGCCCUCGGAGGACGGCCGGCCAUGGACGCCUGCAAGUUGGAGCCGAGAGGGCGGGUGUGAGCGCGCCGGGGGCCGGGAGCCCGCGCCGCGCAGCCGGGCAGCCGGGCGCGCCGGGGGUGGGUCCCUCUUCUCCCCAGCCCGGCUCUGCGUGGAAGAAGAGGGCGGGGACCGGCGCGGGGAGGAGAACCGAGGUGGCGAAGGGGGCAUGACUCGUGCAACUUGCGGCGGGCAUCUGCCGAGCUUCUGAGCCGGCUGCACCCCGGGCCCGGAUCGCGGCCGCGCGCGCGGAACCCACCCAGCCCAACCCGUUUCGGCCGACGGCUGCGGUUGACCUGGAUCCUCCGAGUGCCUGCGGGCCGCCAGCGAUCCGCCCUCGUCUUCCGGGCUGGUUUUUGGAGCGCGGGGAGCGCCCUGCUCGCCGCCCCUCUCACCGGACCCCCGGACCCCGAUGGCUCGGAUGGAGCUCGCGGGCGCCGCUGGACGCUGGUGGGGACUCUCUCUCUGCUUGACCGCCGUCUUCUUCCCAGGUGCCCGCACACAGGUGGUACAGGUGAACGACUCCAUGUACGGCUUCAUCGGCACAGACGUGGUGCUACACUGCAGCUUUGCCAACCCAGUGCCCAGUGUGAAGAUCACACAGGUCACAUGGCAGAAGUCCACCAACGGCUCCAAGCAGAACGUGGCCAUCUACAACCCGGCCAUGGGCGUCUCCGUGCUGGCUCCCUACCGCGAGCGCGUGCAGUUCCUGCGGCCAUCCUUCACUGAUGGCACCAUCCGCCUCUCCCGCCUGGAGCUGGAAGAUGAGGGCGUUUACAUCUGCGAGUUUGCUACCUUCCCUACAGGCAACCGGGAGAGCCAGCUCAAUCUCACUGUGAUGGCCAAACCCACCAAUUGGAUAGAAGGUACCCAGGCUGUGCUUCAGGCCAAGAAGGGACAGGAUGACAAGGUCCUGGUGGCCACCUGCACGUCAGCCAACGGGAAGCCUCCCAGUGUGGUGUCCUGGGAAACGAGGUUAAAAGGUGAAGCUGAGUACCAGGAGAUCCGGAACCCCAAUGGCACAGUGACAGUCAUCAGCCGUUACCGUCUGGUGCCCAGCCGGGAAGCCCACCAGCAGUCCCUUGCCUGCAUUGUCAACUACCACAUGGACCGCUUCAAGGACAGCCUCACCCUCAACGUGCAGUAUGAGCCCGAGGUGACCAUCGAGGGCUUUGAUGGCAACUGGUACCUGCAGCGGAUGGAUGUGAAGCUCACAUGCAAAGCAGACGCGAACCCUCCAGCCACCGAGUACCACUGGACUACGCUGAAUGGUUCUCUCCCCAAGGGCGUGGAGCCCCAGAACAGAACCCUCUUCUUCAGGGGGCCUAUCACCUACAGCCUGGCAGGGACCUAUGUGUGUGAGGCCACCAACCCCAUUGGCACCCGCUCAGGCCAGGUGGAAGUCAACAUCACAGAGUUCCCCUACACCCCGUCUCCUCCCGAACACGGGCGGCGCGCUGGGCCGGUGCCCACGGCCAUCAUUGGGGGCGUGGCGGGGAGCGUCCUGCUGGUCCUGAUCGUGGUAGGCGCCAUCGUGGUGGCCCUGCGCCGGCGCCGGCACACCUUCAAGGGCGACUACAGCACCAAGAAGCACGUGUACGGCAACGGCUACAGCAAGGCUGGCAUCCCUCAGCACCACCCGCCCAUGGCGCAGAACCUGCAGUACCCCGAUGACUCGGACGACGAGAAGAAGGCCGGCCCGCUGGGCGGGAGCAGCUAUGAGGAGGAGGAGGAGGAAGACGGUGGGGGGGACCGCAAGGUGGGCGCCCCCCACCCCAAAUACGAUGAGGACGCCAAGCGGCCGCCCUACUUCACAGUGGAUGAGGCCGAGGCCCGUCAGGACGGCUACGGAGACCGGACUCUGGGCUACCAGUACGACCCCGAGCAGCUGGACUUGGCUGAGAACAUGGUUUCUCAGAACGACGGGUCUUUCAUUUCUAAGAAGGAGUGGUACGUGUAGCCCCACUCUGGGGCCUCUGUCUGUGCCCACAUCUCCCUGCCCCUACCCGCACGACCCCUUCCUGCCCCACUGCCGGCUCCUCCAGAAGCUGGACAGAGACUCACCCCCUGCCCAAAGCCAGCCCUGAACCCCCGGAAGCCAGGCGAGCACAGGGCAGCCCCGAUUUGACUGUUUUUAUUUCCUCCCUGCCCGGCCCUGCCCUAUGGUGUUGUGUUCCACUGUGGCUUUGGUGUCGCUGUACCUUUCUCCACUGACCCCACCCGCUGCCCUCUGUGUAGGGAGCCCUGUUCUUGUCUUGUGUACCUGGGGCGUCCCUCCAGGGUUUGGGGAGCCAGCCCUCCCCGGCCCCCCAACACUGGAAUUUGUUUGUGUUCCCUUUGUUGGGGGUGGAGCGCUAAGGGGCUCCGAGAAGAGCCUCCCACUCCCGCCACCCAAUGCUGCUCCUCUUCCCAAGGAGAGGGAACCCAGCACCCCCACUAUAAGCUGAAGCAGCUGGGGUUGGGGCCUCAGUCUAGACAGCUGGUGCAACUGAGAGGUAGGGGGUGAGGUGACUUCUCCAGGGCACCCAGGGGAGACUGGUUUGUGAGUGAUUCUGUUGAGGUCCCCACCUGGAGCCUGGGCAGUGUGCUUUCCUGGCGAAGGUGGUUUUGGAUUUUUCUCCUCAUUGGUUUACAGAGUCAACUGACCCAGCCCUGGUGCCUCCCUCCCCUUUCCCCAGUCUGCUGCCCACAUAGGGGAGGACCCCAGGUGGACUGCCCACACUUCCCCUAUGCCUCUGCCCACGCGUGUACACAUGUACAGGCACACACGCCUUUCGGCUGACACCUGCUCUCCUCCAGAGAUCACACACCCUGACCAGGCUGGACUCUGCCCAAGGCCUGUCCCUCUCUGUUCCACCUCUGUCCCCCUUCCCACCUAAGGAUGGGAGCAGCCUGUGGAAACUUCCAGGGACAGUAGGAUGGAGUCUCCUUGAUGCCACUACUCUAGGGUUUCAGGCAGGCCUGACCUGUCCUUACAGCGUGGAAGUUUCUCAGAUUUCUCCCUCUUUGGUCAAGUGCUAGCAACACUUGAUUCUCUUGGAAAGUCAGGGCUGGGAUCCCAGAAGUACCUCCAGGAGUCAGUGGCGAAAAGAAGUAUUUAUGUGGGGAAGGGAUUCUGCGUGGGAGAAGCUCUGGUAGAGACAGGGACACAGCAAGCACCUGGCACAUGAAGGCCAGCUUAGAAGCCAAGGGCCUCACAAAAAAUGCGAGGGCAGUGGUGGAGCAGGGGAGCCCACUGCUCCUCACUCCACACCUGGCACCUGCUCUGGGGUACGAGUAGAGUCCCUGCUUGAGCGGGCCUCUGGGUUCCUCUCGGUCAUCCAGGACAGGGCCUUCCACAGAUACGGUGGAGGAAGGCCCCUCCCAGCCCUCUCCAUCUCCCAGCUCCAAGUGCCUCAGUUCCUCCAUCUGCCCCCCAGGGCCCCUGGCCCUCCAGAAGACAUACCCUUGGGAAGGACCCUGGGAUAACAAGGGUGGGCUCCAAGAGCCCUUUGGCCAGCCUCUUGGGAUCUCGGCUCCCUCAGCCCAGGUGUCACGCUCUGUAGGAUGGCGAGUGUUGGGGGGAGGGAGGCAGACUACUCUGUGCCCCACGGGCACUGACCCAUCCUGCCAUAGGCUUCCUAAGGGAGCCCCAGCCCCCACCUACCCCCUCCCUGGUGCUGCUAUUGAACCCCAGCCAGAGCUCCAUCUCUGCCCUGGCAUGGGCCCAGCAGCUGGGCCACUUUCACCAACCCUCACUGCCCUGACCCCAGCCCAGGCCGCCCAGUAGCCACGUAGCAGAAGUCUGAAGCCAUGCCAGCCCUGGGGCGGCGCUCCCCUCUCAGCACUGGGGGCCCCAGAUGAGGUGGAGUUGGUGAGAAAAUUCUAGGAUGGUGUUAGCCACAGGACAGAGGGAAGUGGAGGAGCUGGGCUGCUUCUCCCACAGUAUUAGUGUCCCCUAGGGCAGGGGACCUUUCCCAUGUUACAGUACUGUCCCAUCCCUCCUCCUCGUGCCAGUCUGGCCUCUUUGCUUGGUUCUUUUGCUCCCAGGUGGGAAGCAAGCCAAGGGGUCUGCCUGAUAGAGGUAUUUUCUGUCUCUGUGGAAUCCCAAGACAGAAAGAACAUGUCCUCCUGCGUCUCCCCUGCACUGCCACCCACUGUUCCUCAUUUUGUGACAGACCGAGGAGGCUAUGGACCCAGCCAAAACACUUAGUCCCCACCUCCGCGCCUUUCGGCAAAGCAAAGCACAAAUCGUGGGGUCCACGCAGCGUGGUCAGGAGCCCAGCCACAGCAUCCACACCGUGCAGCUUCUCCCCGGGUGGAGAGUGGGCGUGAGGCAGGGCUCAGCCCGUGGCUGGAGGGAUGGGGCUUUCUGGGUCCCACAUUUGUGGGACAUUGGGCACUGAUGCUGGGCGAGAGACAUAGUUAGCAAAGGGAGGCCCAGCCCAGCUGGGAGAUGAGGACAUAUUCUUCUCCUUCGUGCCCCCAGCAUGAGCUGAGCCGCUUUGCUGAAAAUAAAAUAAACUUGGUAUUCAUCAUGCCAAGGCCUCCCCAGGUGUCAUCUCGCCUCUUGUUGCUCUCCCUGUCCUUGCAGUCUCCCCCUAUACCCGUGUCCCCUUGCAGAUUUUGGUAUUGUUCUAAUGUGCAGCAACCACCCAAGCCCCCUUUUACCAGAGGAUCUGAAAAGCAGCAGCACAGAAUCUGAACACAAGGCUGCAAAUGCAGCCAACUCAGGCCCAGCACACAUGCACACAGUGUGCACACACGCCCCUCACAGAUCCAAGCACUGGUGUGUGUGUGCAUGUGUGCACACUCAUGCCCAGAUGGGCGCUCAGCACAGACAGGCAGACAUGGCAGAGGAACUGGUAUAUCCCACUGGAAGCUUUUACGGACAAGCAGUGGUUUCCCCGUGCUCAGGCCUGAAAGAGACCCACGGGGGCCCUGGUCCUGAGCACGUGCCCCCUCCACCAGCUCCCCGGGUGCCCCAGUCACCUUCCAAGAACUUUUCUGCCAUCCUCAAGGCAGAAGAAUUGGGACUCAUGUCAGGUGGAUGCAGGAAGCCGACGGAGCCCUGCAGACUCUGGCGUUCCUCUCCUAGGAAGAGCGGGUGCUCCCAGGCCCCUAGGGAUCCAGGCAAAGACCUAACUGCCAACAGCAACCCUGUCCUGCCAAGGGGCAGGAGAGAUGCCCAGGAGGCCAGGCUCCAGGCCAUGCUGCUCUCACCAUUGCUGCUGCUCUUCUGACCCUGCUAUGAGGAAUGGGCUUGGUCAGGAAAAAUGGCUUUCCUUUUUUUUUGUACAAAUGGAAACAAAAUCCAGGAGAAGCUGCCACCCUCACCUCUGAGUGUGACUCGCUUCCUUUGCUUCAGUUCUUCGUCACCGUUUUCGUCUUUGGUCCUGGGGACAGCCCAGAAUUCUCCUGGUUCUGACCUAAGGGGUGUUUGGAUCACCUCCUUUUACUUGUAUAAAAUAAAAGAUGGAUUGAAAAAUGUACUGAGGAAGAAAAAUGUACUUUUUUAUAAAUAAAGUGUUUAACACAAA